AUGACAACAGACGGUGGAGGUUGGACCGUUUUUCAGAGACGUUUGGACGGCUCGGUUGACUUUUAUCUUGGAUGGGAAUCCUACAAAAACGGCUUUGGAAAUCUGAAUGGCGAGUUCUGGCUUGGAAACGACAAUCUCCACCGUUUCACAACCACUGAUGACGUCAUGCUGAGAGUUGACCUCGAAGACUUUCAUGGCGAGAUCACUUACGCUGAGUACACGACUUUUAAGGUGGCAGACGAGGCUGAUAAGUAUCGACUUUUGAUUGGAGGAUACAACGGCACCGCUGGCGACUCUAUGACAUACCAUAGGUAAGACAGAUUUUCGUGUGGUGUAAUGGAGUACAGUAUACAGAGCACUUGGGCAAGGAUAGCCACUACAUUGGGUGUGAUUAAAAGAAAACAACAUCUUAUCUUUUUUAAUGUAAUAUUAGAUAUGUACAAGUUUUAAAUACAGCCAAAUUUUAAUUAAAAUUAAAUAAGACUUUUUUGAGCCUUAAAGAAGCUAUACUGAUGAUCUUGGAAUUGUAGACAAUACUUGUUGGCAAUAAUUUAAAGCUGAUGUCUGGUAGCAGCGAUCAAACCAUCCCUUUAAAAAUGCUGAAUGCUGAGACGAAAGAUUGAAUUGCAUUCUCAUGAUUGUAGAUCGCUGACUGUGAAAAAAAAAAAAAAUUCAGUUGAAUACAAAACGAAAACCGCCAAAACACGUAGAUCUUACUUUGUCACUCUGUCUGUGUCCCCGGGUGUCUAUCUCUACUGACUUUAUGCUAUUUAUUAAAUCAAUUUGUAUACGUAGACUAAGUUUCUUAUGAACAGUAAUCAUCUUCCACACGUUUAAACAUGAUACAAACAAGCUUACGUGAAAUUUCAUUUCAUUUCAGCAAUAUGCAGUUUUCCACGAAUGACCAAGAUAAUGAUCAUGGUCUUCAUAAUUACGUGUCCAACUGCGCCGAACACUACAAGGGAGCUUGGUGGUACAACAACUGCCAUAGGUCCAAUCUGAAUGGAUUGUACCACAAUGGCUCCGAAGCCUCUUACGGUAAAGGAGUCAACUGGCUCACUUUCCGGGGCUAUCACUACUCACUAAAACGCACAGAGAUGAAAAUAAAAUCAAGGGCAUAAGAAAAUGUUUAUGCUGUAGUGAACGACAAGGAAACAAUUUGACCUAAAACUUGCACCAAACCUACCUCAGCAAGUAAAUACGUUUAUAUGAUGACACCAUUAAAUUAAAUUUUCUUCUACAAUGUCAUCAAAAUUCAUGCCGAUGAACUAUUGUUUAAGUACAGCCCAUAGUUUACGUACGUUAUCAUAAUCUUGCUACUAAAAUCCUCUUGUGAAAUCAAUUACUUAACCAAAAUUUCUAGAACAUUGGUGCACUACAGAAAAAAGAUAUACUAAUUGUAUCAGAGGACAAAAUCACAAAAGGGUCAAUUAGAACUACGCACGGUACAUUAAGAAGACACCAUUCUUAACUAAUUGUCGUUCUAUAAAACGAAUUGCCUCUAGCGAGUGAUAAAUCUAUACUAAUGGUAGAAGGUGUCCCACGUGUGUCCACUUCAGUGACGCCUCAUGCAACAAUUCUUAAAAAGACUACAUAACAUUGUACAGAAAGGCAAGGCAUUCACAGUAAAACAAAUAAAGUAGUCCACGAUAAUUAUAUUUGUAAUCGAAGUUCUAUGUAAUUAGCUUCGAAAGCUUCAUAUAUUAUCACUCAAAAUUUUCAGAAGAAUAAAAGACUACUCUAGAAUUUUAUUAUGUAUGUCAAUAUCAAAAAAAGCAGCUUUUAAAGUUGAACAAUUUUUUGUAAAGUUCAGUACGAUGUAAUAGCCUCCAAGUGCUUGUGAUCUCUUACACCCCAACCAGUCUUUAUGCGCGUAACAUGCAGCGCAAAUAUCAAUUUUUGUUUUCUUAAGUCGAUAAUUCAAAUUUUAAAGUAAAUCCUAAAAGCAAUUACAACCCAACCAAAAAUGGUUUACCUAUGAACGUCCAUGUUGCCACCUAACCUGUGUGCGUUUAUUUCAAAUGUAAGUAAUGUGAAAAUAUUACCAUUUGUUUUAAAUGAGAGAUAAUUUGCUUAUGGUUGAACAGAAGGAUCGUCGAGAUUUUUCAUUCGUGAUUCCUAAAUUUACAUAGUGUAAAAAUUGUGCAAAGAUAGCAUGGGUUACCGUAUAUGUUUUGCCGUUGCAAAUUCAAUUUUUCCAUUUCUGUUUUUUACAUCACCUUCCUCUCCCUGUAAAUGAAAUCCUCAUUUUUAGUCAAGUUAUUAAAUCCAGAAAAUCGAUCAGAGCACUCAGCUGAUACUUGAAUUUCACUGAGUACAUGGUCACGGUUCUAAAGUUGUAAGGCAGACAUCGUUCUUCAUCCACACACUCAGACUGACGAUAACUUUUCGAAGCCACUUGCAUUUCUCUUAUCAGGGUGGUUUUGUUGUGCCAUUUUCGAACAUGACGAUUUUCUCAUGGCUGAUCUUACCUAUUUAUAGGACGCGUGUCAGAUGUAAAACUUUUUAUGACCUAGUCCAUAAAAGAGAGUUUGUGGCAAAGUGGUAAAGCAAUAAUAAUAUAGUUUGGUUUUUGUUUUCCAAAAACCUGGUAUGGGAGUUAAGUCCUCCUGUGAGGCGAGAAAGUCAUUAAUAAUUAAUCAACAGAAAUAUGCUUGGUAAUACAAAUGUGAAUCUCUCAUUAUCCUACACAUUUUAUAACAGUUAAUUAACCUGCCACUCAUAACACGGACAAAAUUUGUCGGUAAUGCACCACAAUAGGGCCAGCCUUGUGAAAAUAAUAGAAUUAACAUUGAACCUGUAGGGAAUCAAAGGGAAGGUUUCGUUCAGGUACUUGCAGUUCAUCCUGAGUUCGAUGAAUUGUUUUCGGUUAUGUAUCGUGUUGCUUUUCGUGGUUUUGGAGAGGCUUUCGUGGAGUGGCCUCUCAGAUGUAGGUGGGGAGAAUUAUGAUUUUAAUUUUUUCACACAACUUCUCAUUUCCAAAGAUCGAAUUUAGUCGACCAUAAUUGCCUAUUUAUCGAAGAUAAGAACAGGUUAUAGAUUUCUAGUCCCAUUUAAAUGAUGGCAACUGUUUGCAAAAGAUUAUCAAUCUAUUUUUAACAAGUAUACUGUUUUUCGUCAGCCAUUUUGACUUUAAUGACUUUAAUCUCUGAUGAUAACGAUUACCUUUGAUAAAAAAAAAAAAACAAACGUUUCGAGAGCAAAGCCCUUAGCUCAAAGAAAAAAACAUUUUAAUUUUCAUUUCAUCACCCUUUCUAGCCGUUUUUAGCCAAAUAAUGAUUGAAUGUGUUUUCUUUAAGAAUUUAAGGAUUUAACGAUAUUCUAUAACCGCGUUAUAACGAAGUGUCAUCAUUUAAGACAGGAAACCCACUUUAUUUGGUAAAUUGCGAGGCUAAGUUGCACUGUAAAAUUAAAAAAAAAAACAGCUACAACUCAUGACAACCAAAGAGUUAAAAAAUACCAAAAUCUAGCAACUAACAGCACUAUUUUAUGUGAUGUUGACUGAUUUCUUUUCACAGUACUAAAGUCAAAGCAUAUGAAGAGCCUGACAAAUACAUGUAACUUUGUACAAUUCAUAAAGGUAACACUUCCAUAGUUAUGGAAUAGGUGUUUGAGCAGCAGAUCAAGAUCAGGGAACCUAGACUAUUCAAGACGUGACAGAAUGUUCCCUGUAAAUUACUGAAAAAGACUACAGAUGAUGAUCUUCUUCUGUCAGAAGUUUUCUUAACAAAGGGAGAGCUUUGCCUUUGUAGCCACAUAACCUACAUAACCUGCAAAAGAGUUGUGGGUGGCUUCUAAUUAUCAAAUAGUUUUUUUUAAAUUAUUAAAAUGGAGUGUGUCACAAUAAUAUUAGUCAUUUUUGCGAUGUUGUAACUACAUGAUUUGAAUAACCGUGAUGAUUUAAGACAUUUCAACUUCUAAUAAUUAUAGAAAUCUUUAAAGUUCAUGUUUGUACAUGUCUCUGAAUAAAAGGUAUAUAAAACCAUCUGCUGGAAAAAUAUCUGAACUAUGCUACCAUUUUUUUCAACCAGGUUAUAGAAUCAAGUUAGGAAACUCUCCCAGUUUCUUUCUCCACCCAUAAAUUUCUACAAAGGGUAUCUCUGACUCAAGUCGCCUCUCCCGAAACAUCAUGCACACUUCUGCACUCUCUCAUGAGUAACAGUUUCCCGAUUUCAUCCCUGGAAGGGAAAGGCGGAAUCGGCUAUUAUAAGAGGUGGUGCAUUUACUUCACCAACUGCUUUGCCCAUGUUGAGUAGAAGGCCAUCUUGGAUUGCAUUCCCGAGGUUUGUAGACCUAAAAAUGAUAGCAUCAUGGGAGUUCCCGGGAUAACCGCAACUAACCCAUACAAAACGGUAAUGAGAAUCAACCAUGGCCAUAAGGACAACUGAAAAAAAUUUUUAAAAUUAUGAUAUUCUUUACAUGCUUCAAGGCCGCUGGGAGGACAUUUUAUGGGUAUGUGGCACCCAUCCAAUGUCACCCAGCAGCAAGGGAAUUGUCAUGAUUCCUCCAUAUCGAGAAUCUUUCUCUCGAAGUCUUCUCGGGGUUUCGGCAUGUUACUUAAAAUACUUUCAGUCCACAAAUAUUCAACCAGAACCUGGCAUACUUCCGGUACAAUGGAGCUCACAGUGAUAACUCCUCUUCCUAUCAUUUCAGCGAUAAUGUAAUAGUAAUCGCCUCUUCUCAGUCUAUAAAGACAUAUGCCCAGUCUCUCCUCAGGUAAAAUCGGUUCCUCUCUCACAGUUUGUCUUUGAAUUACGUUCCCAACACGACUUAAAAUAAAAUGAAAUGUUGCCCAUGAAACACGUGAGGUUUUCUUAAACCGAACAUCAGAAUAUGAAGUCCAUAACUUGUGCCACCAGCCUUCAUUUCGUAUCAAUCGACAGCGUGAUCGGUGUUGAGGGACAUGUGUCAUGGCAUUUCUUUCCGAUAGCAAAAGCAUAACAAGAGAACAAAUGCAAAUGCAAAUUUCCUCCUUAUCUUUCUCAGCCAUAUUGGCGGGGAACUUAGAGCGGGGCCUGGGAAUGAUGCUGUCACUCGCACUCGGCAAUUAAAUCCGGCACAAUUAAAUGCGACGUUUAAAUCAAAUGCUGAACUUUUCUAAUUCAAGUCGACUGAAAUUAGUAUUAGAUUCGACGUAUGUAAAAUGUGACGUUUAAACCGAGCCUAAAACCCUCAUCCUCAAUCAAGUUAUCAGAUCCAGAAAGUCGAUCACUGCACUCAGCUGAAUUUCUCUGAGUACACCUUCAUGGUCCUAAAGUUGUAAGGCACACAUCGUUCUUCAUCCACGCACUCGGACUGACAAAAAGUUUUCGAAUUCACAUCUAUUUCUUUUAUCAGGGUGGUUUUCUUGUGUCAUUUUCGGACAUGACGAAUUGCUCAUGGCCGAUCUUAGCUAUAUGCAGGACGUAUGUCGAAUGUGAAACUAUUAAUGACCUUGUCCGUAAUAGAGAGUUUUUGGCUCAGUGGUAGAGCAUAAGAGCGCGGAAUCCGAUUCUUUUUUCACGGAGGACUCAGAAUUUUUACUCUGUCGUUUUUCCGUGACAAGAAGAGAAAACUUUGCAAUAUAUUUCUCUUAAUUUUCGAACACCUGGUAUGGGAGUAGGGAGGUCUCCAUUGGUGCAAGGAGGUUAUCAAAAAUUUAUCAGAAACAGUCUUGGUAAUACAAAAGAGAAUUCAUUAUUAUCCUAUACAUUCUCUAAAUGUUGAUUAACCCGCCACACAUAACACAGACAAAAUUUGACGGUAAUGCAUAACAAUAGAGCCAGCCUUUAGACAAUAACAGAAUAAUCAUUGAACGUGUAGGUCUCCCUUCAGUUAUUACAGUUCAUCCUAGAUUCGAUGAAUGGUUUUCUGUUAUGCAUCAUGUUUCUUUUCGUGGCUUUGAAGAGGCUUUCGUGGAGUGGUCUCUCAGAUGCAGGUAGGAGGAUUAUGAUCUUAUUUUCCACACAUUUUCUUAUUUCCAUAGAUCGAGUUAAGUCGACGACAAUUUCCCAUUUAUCGAAAGAUAAGUACAGGUUUUAGAUUUUUAGUUCAAUUUAAAUGAUGGCAAAUCUUUGCUAAAGAUUAUCAAUUUACUUUUGAAUACUGUUUUUCGUCACGUAUUUUGACUUUCACAGAUCAAUCUAAUCUCUGGUGAUAACGAUUACUUCUUAUCAAAAAAAAAAAUGUCGAAAGUAAAGCCCAUACUCCAUAAACAUUUUCAUUUAUAAAGAAACCAUGUAAUAGUAUGGCUCAAAAUGUCCUGAACUACAGUGUGGGAUUUCAAUCGUUAUUGCCUCGCUGUCAACUAAAAUCUUAACGUUUCUAUUAAUAAAGACUCUAUAGAAGAAACCAGAAAUUGUUCGCGAUUCUAUGAAAUCAUUAACUGAUAGUUGUUCGCUGUUGUGAAUUUUAAAUAGUUCCAUGCACUGCCAUAACAAAGGAAUUUGAAGAGCCAGCUGCAAACAAGGCUCUCCUAAAUCACGUGAUCAGCACACCGAGAGCAAAGACAGCAGAGAUUUGUGAAAUACAAUGUUUCAUUGAAGUCAAGUGCGAAUCAUAUAACUUCGGUCCAAAUGAGGAUGGUGAUUACUUGUGUGAGCUGAGUGAUUCCGAUGGUGUUAGAGAUCCAGAUGACCUGAGGGCACAGCAAGACUUCCUUUACCGCGCAACGAAGGUAUCAUGGGUAGGGAAUGUAGUGAAAAGCAUAACAUGAAAGUAGAGAAAUCGCUUUUUGAUAGAGAUGAAUUUCUUGAUUUUUGCAACAAAAAAACGUCGCAAAGCUCGGAAAAAACCUCUUAAGAGCGGAUGUCAGCAUCCAUCGCACAAAUUUGAAAUAUUGUGGCAGGUUGCCCAAAAUUCGAUUUCACUCCAACUUUCAUAUUUCGUAGCCCAAUAUGUCCUAAUAAUGUAGUUGUUGACGUAGUUUUUUGUGAAAAUAUAUGUCAGUUUUCGAGAAAUGAUUUUUUUCCUUCGACUGCUCAAAUAUGCAAAUUUUCACCGUAAUAUUACCCGAGUUGUCUGACCUCAUGUAACGAAUAAACUUGACCUCCGGUAUUUCUGUCAACAUAAUCCUUUGCUUAUCAUCUAAACGUAAUCCCUUGUCAUUGCUGGAGCUGGCAAAGAAAUAUUUAUUUUUGGUAAAUAUUUUUGUCCUACAUACUUUUUCUAUGUCGAAAAGUAACAUCUAAACAAAAACAGUUUUAACAAUGACCGAUAUGACAGAAUCUACUGAGCUUCGAGGGGUCUUCAAGCUUUUAAAAGACAAAAGGAUUAUUGAGAAGUUGCUGUAAAAAUUUCCUUGUGUAUUUGUGUUGUUCUAUCUUGAGACGAACUCAAAGUUCGGCAAAAUUUACUCGCUAGCGACUAUGAAUAAUGCAUGGUGUGCCUACUCGUCGCCACCGUUUACUGGCAUAAAUCACUACAGUUUUUAAAAAAAUCUAACAUAACACUCUUACCUUGUUCAUUUAUGAUUUUAUGAGCUGUUUCGAUCAUUAUAUAACGCCUGGGAAUUACUUUUUGACAGGAGCCCAGGUUUUGCAUUGUGUUUUCCCCUUCCCCAUUUACAUCACGCUAGUCACGCAAUAAUUUAUACUGACACAAAUGAAUAUUUACCUUGUAUAGAGAUUUUUGUUUAUGUUGAAUUGAAAAUAUUAGAAUAUGUGCCAUUUGUGGUCACUAAUCGUUGUUUCAGUGGCAGCGAAGCAGUUAAAAGCGGUUUGUUGCUUGAAUGCUAUUGAAAUUUAUAGUAUUUAGACAGGUUAGCAAAGUGUGAUGCUCUGGGAAUAAAAACUUUUAGGGGCUUUUUACAUGAUAUCGGGAUGAAUUUUGUUCAAGAACGAGUUCAUACCGGUUGCCACAUGGUACCAGAGUGAAGUUUAUUCAAAACGAGUCAUUUCUGAAUGAGUUUAUUGGGGUUUACAUUCCAGAACGAAACACUCAUUCUUGUACCUGUAUGAUAUAAACGCGGAACGACUCUUAUAUCGGUAUGAAUCCUCUUUAGGAGCGAGUGAAGCAUAGAAAAAGAAAGAUAAGGACAUAAACAAUUGCUUUUAAAGGUAAAUUAUCUUGCAUGCAAACGCGGUGUGAAAUUCACUUCGUUGGGGAACGAAACUCAUUUUGGAAUUAUGUAAAAGGUAUCUUAGAGACGGAACAUUAGAUUUUAUGAGGUGGGGGGCGACUGGGGCAAAUCACUUUUUUUUUCACUGGGGAGCAAAUGUUUGUUUUUAGGUGCUGACCGGGGGGAAGAAGGCUUUUUAUAAUUUAAUAGGGGCCAUUUUAAAAAUUCCCGGUGCGCACCCAAGCCCUCUUAUGUAAAUGUGUCCCCCUGGGGUGAUGAUACGUGCAGCAUACGUGAUGUGAUUUUGGGUUAAGAGAAACAAGUUUUGUCAGCGUCUAGUAGCUUGUGCGGAAGGGCCCUUUACCACAGUGUGCAUAAUUACGCGUUCCGCCAAACGGCGGGAAGCCAACAAAGUGUUCAGACAUUAGUAUAGAAAACUCCGCCUCUGUCUGGAUUUUUUGUAGCCUAUUGACCAAUUCCUAAUCGAGACUUAAGUCUGACGGGACGCGUAAUUUUACUCAAGGUGGUAAGUAGCCUACUUACCGGAGCCAGGCUGUAGGAAUUUUCCAGACAUCUUGAGUACUCGGCUGUGAAUAUACGAAAGUCAUAUAUUUGAACUGCGGAUAAAGACGUGAAUAUGGAAGCGAUCUUCACAGUUAUGAACACUACUUAAGCAGUAGUGAAAAGAAGGCUUGUGAGUACUACCUGUGAUACACGGUUGCCAAUUCCCCUAUCGGCUUUUGGAAUCGACUUAAACUUACCAUUGCAAUGGCCAGACACCUCUUAAGGCACUCUACAUCUACUAUUGGAGCCACAACUCUACCCAACAUCUAUGUGUGGGGCAAAUUGUAAAAUCAUCGAUAUCUGUUAGUGUCUCCAAGAUGCCGGCAAGCGACAAAGUAAGAUCAACUUCAUUUUCUGGAUCUGAAAACUUGCAACUCCGCAAGUGACUUGAAAUGUCAUUUUUACAACUAUGCAAGGGUGAGACUUGAGAUAUGCAACUUUGGUCUUCUCGAUAACUAAACCCACAAGUUCCACCAGCGAACGAUUUAAAUGAACAGCAAUCUCCAUGUUAGUAUGUAAGAUGAGAUGCUUACACAACAGAUAAUUACCUAAAUCAGUAUGUAGCUUGUCAAUCAAAUUGACUUUUGUAAUCUUUGACUUCGGCCGGCAAGGGAAUCAUUGAUGGAUCUUUAGUUUUCUAAAUGCAGAAGUUCCUGAAAGGUUUUUCUAGAUAUAAUGCAAAGAGGAAAAAUACCCAUCUCUUGCUAUUUCGGAGAUUGAUACAUCUUUGAAUUUAUGUGUCACGCUUGUCAUGCAACUGAGAUAAUAAGAUGGGGAAGAUAUAAAAAUUGGAACUCAGAUCUGGCUAGAAUGUGGUGAGGUAUGACGUGAUCAUCGAAACAGCUCAUGAAAUCAUAAAUAAACAAGGUAAGAGUGUUAUAUUAGAUUUUUUUAAAAAUUGUAGUGAUUUAUGCCAGUAAACGGUUCAUAGUCGCUAGCAAGUAAAUUUUUCCGGACUUUGAGUUCGUCUCAAAAUAGAACAACCCAAAUACACAAGGAAAUUUUUACUGUAACCUUUUAACCAUCCUUUUGUAUUUUAAAAGCUUGAAGCUCAGUAGAUUCUGUAAUAUCGGUCAUUGUUAAAACUGUCUUUGUUUUGAUGCUACUAGGCGACAUAUUAUUAGGUCAUAUUGGGCUACAAAUUGUCGCCGUUUGUCUGAUGCAUGCUUACAUUAGCUCUUAACAGCGAUGGAAAUUGCAUGUAUUAGCUUACGUUUUGAUUUUACAUCAAGAAAAUUCCGCCAACUCUGUAUUUUGUCAUUGCUUGCUUGAAGUUGUAAAACUUGGUUAAUACAUUGACUUAAGGUCAUAUUAAAGCGCAUGGAUUGCCUACUUGGCAAGGUUAGACGUUAUGUUAAUUUAGAAGCUCUGAGAUAUUGCCAAAAUUUUUAACUUACCAAGGGUUGCGUGUAUGGUGAUGUUUGGACAAUUUUUCACAUUCAAUUUGAAACUUAAAGCAAUCGAUAAAGAAGUCUAUGUCCAUAUUUUCUUUUUUUGAUACCUUUAUUUAUGUAAAGAUCAGUUUUUCUUCUGAACAUCUUACGAAAAACCAAAACAAUUAUCAAGUUGGUUCUUUUUGUUUAAUUUACACAUUAUUUUCUGUUGCAUUUUGUUAAAGAAUCCAUGUGGUACAGCUCUGUGUCCUUCAAAUUCACGAUGUUAUUCAGAUUUUGAACACGAAACCUUUCUUUGCGUUUGCUCACCGGGAUUUACUGGAGACAAGUGCGAAAGAGGUGAAUGAGUGUAACAAGUUUGGCAUUGCCUACUACAUAAUCCUGUGAUCACUUCCUUCUUCGGUUUUCAAAUAGAGAUUUUACGAAGAGCUUUGCAGCAUUUUGAAUUAAUGAGUAACAAAUCGAAAUUAAAACAAGGAGAACACUCCUGAUCAAUCACGGGCUGGAGGGGGAAUAUCAACACUGAAUUUUAUUGACUCAACGGAUCAGUAAUGGAGGUAGGUUAACAUUUUGUAGAUUUGGACGAGUGCACAGACGGAAACCAUGCCUGUCACGUUAACGCAGUAUGCAACAAUACUGAAGGGUCGUACAGCUGCUGGUGCAAGGAUGGACAUAAAGGUGAUGGGUUUCUAUGUGAAGGUGAAUAUUUAUCGAGUUUUGUUCCAGUUGGAAUAUAAAGUAGUUUCUACUCUAUUUAAAUAAAGGCAAUUGCAGUGAGAUGGAGGAGCCCCUGAGAGUGCAACUCUUUCUUAGGAAAAGUUCAGCGAGACAUCUUAGAGUCAAGCAGUUGAGCACUUUAAACAUUUCCCUACAUUUUGAGCUGACCCGCUGACUUUCGAAGGUGUUCUAGCCUGAAGAACUGAGAGCCUUGUGAGUAUCUUUGCUCAUAUGAAUAACGAGUCUGGCAGACCUAUUUUGCCACUUUUGUACUUUGUCAGAGUGGCCUUUUCUAAUUAUGUCCCAGACCUCACAACAGAAAUUGAAAUGUGGUUGGAUUAGAGCAUUAUAGAUAGAGUGGCUUUGUCUAGUAAAUCCCGAAUCUGCGUCGAGCCUCCUAUUCACGAACUGGUUUGGCUCUUAAAGUUUUCAGCUCUAUCUUUUAUGAAUGUCCAAUUCACAGAAUUAGCGUAGCAUGUGUGAUGCUUUUACAAAUUUAACUUGGCGGUAAAUAAGAAACCUUGGUUGACAAAUUGAUGAAGAAAAUGAGUUCGUAUCGUUUGUUUUUUGGUUUUUUUUUUCUUUUCUUUUUUAUCAUUUCACUGUUAUAGAA